AUGGAAGUUGCUAACGCUUCGAGGCCGUCCUCCAAACGCCAACGAACCGACGAAAACGACGUCUUAUUACCUCCUCCGGGUUCCUCCAAUGGCGUCAGCAGCAACCUGGACCUCUCUCUCCUCGAGGCACUGGAGAAAUCUCAACACGCAGUCGAAGUGCUCGACCUAAGGACCGUGAAGCGACUGGUUCUCUCCUUCGAGCGCCGCCUCAAGGAAAACAUCGAGGCCCGCCUCAAGUACCCCAACCAGCCCGAUCGCUUCGCCGACUCCGAGCUCGAACUCCACGAGGAGCUCCACAAGCUCAAGAUCCUCGCCGGUGGCCCCGAGCUCUACCCAGACCUCGUCAAUCUCAACGCCAUUCCCUCCAUUCUCAACCUCCUUGCCCACGACAACACCGAUAUCGCCAUCGACGUCGUCCAAUUGCUCCAGGACUUGACCGAUCCCGACAACGAUGACGACGACGAGAACAACGAAGAGCACGCGCGGAUCCUCGUCGACGCGCUCGUUGAGAACAACGUGCUCGAGCUUCUCGUCCAGAAUCUGCACAGGUUGUCCGAUACUGGCGAAGCCGCGGAUCCCGACGAGAUGGCCGCCGUCUACAGCACUCUCGCCACCAUAGAGAACCUGAUUGAGGUGAAACCACCGGUGGCGGAGUUGGUCUGCGAGAGGACGAAGCUGCUCAAGUGGCUGCUGGGGAGGAUCAAGGUAAGGGAGUUCGAUUCCAACAAGCAGUACGCCUCGGAAAUAUUGGCGAUUCUGUUGCAGAGCAGCACGGCCAACCAGAAGAGAGUGGGGCAGAUGAACGGUGUGGAUGUGGUGCUUCAGGCGGUAGCUAUGUACAAGUCCAAGGACCCCAAAACUUCUGACGAGGAGGAGAUGCUAGAAAACUUGUUCGAUUGUUUGUGUUGUUUGCUGAUGCCGUUGGAAAACAAGGAGAGGUUUGUUAAGGCUGAAGGUGUGGAAUUGAUGAUUAUCAUUAUGAAGCAGAAGAAGUCGGCUUAUGGGUCGGCCAUAAGGGCACUCGAUUUUGCAAUGACCAAGUACCCGCCUGCCUGUGAACGUUUUGUGGAUGUUCUGGGCUUGAAGACUGCGUUUGCUGCUUUUAUGGGUAAGAUACCCAUGAGUAAGAAGAACAAGAAAGAGCGAUACCAAGAAGAGUUAGAAGAGCGCAUUGUGUCACUGAUUGCAUCAUUAUUUGGUGGAAUCUUGAGGGGUUCUAGAAGGGAAAGAUUGUUAAGUAAGUUUGUGGAAAGUGAGUGUGAAAAAAUAGACCGGCUUAUGGAACUCUAUAUGAGAUAUUCUGAUAGAGUCAGAACAGAGACUGACCGGCUGGACAGUCUUGAACUUGAUGAUUUAGAGAUGAAUGAAGAAGAGAAGUACAAUCGAAGGCUAGAAUCUGGACUUUAUACCCUUCAGAUUUCUCAAUCAACUAAUACUAUUCCAAUUAAUCAGAGUUACCUGGAAGAAGAGGGUGAGAGGUGGGUUUAGGUUCAGGUAGGUUACCAUGAUAAUUUAAUAGAAAAAAGGAGAAAAUUUAGCUUGCUGUAGAGCAGUUUGUUAGAUGUUUAAGCAAUUUGAAUUGUAGAAGAUCAUAUGGAUAAAGCUAAACACUGUGCUGGUCAAGUCACUUUAUACAUGUUAAAGUUGCAUAAUCUCUCGUUUUUCUAAUAUUUCUAAAUUUAUGGAAUUUGUUCUUCUAAUUAUUGAUGGGUUUAUUUUUUUUGUAUAUAUUCUGUGUACAAGGGUUUCGCUGCAUGCACUUUUAUUGAAAUAAAUACUAAGAAUUGUUUGGGACCGGCAAUUUGAAUCAUUUCCAGUUCUGUAAACUUAUUUGUAUCCAUUUUUAAUGUUAAAGAAUGAGCAAGGAUCCUCUUAAUAUGAAUUGAACACAAUGGCAAUACAAUAUUUGUCACCAAUCUCCCCAUAAAAUGCUACAGGUGAUCCCCAUGAAAUUGCUUUCAAGUUCUUCAUUUGCAUUUUUUGGUUUGACCUCUUUACCUAUGAUUCUGCAGUUAAUUGCCGUAAUCCUGGGUCAUCUUUGGUGCUC